AUGACCUACACCAUUAUCUGUCCCAUCAAUUGUGGAAAGAAGAUCUGGUGGAAUUGCGUUGAACGCUCCAGACAAGUCGUCAAUAAUGUCCUCGAUAUCUUCUGUACCCACCGACAGACGAAUCAAGAACUGGCUUCGGUUCCUAUGAUGCAAAGAACAAACGACGGACUGUACUAUGUGCCGAAUAAAUUCAGAGAACGGUUGGUGCUUCCUACCGGGUACCUGGAGGAGCUAAAGGCCGCUCUGGUCUAUGAGGUUCACGUUACUACAACUUUUACUGAAUCGAUCAACAUCCAUCCGCGCGUAGUGCGGAGCCAGUUAAACAAGAACCUUUGGACGGUGAUGGAGACGUUCAGGAGAUAG